UAGAUAACUACUGCCAUCUAUUGUCAAUACAUCAUAUUCGUAAACUCUGGGGAACCUUGGAUUCAUAAUUACCAUACAUAAAAAAAAAAACAAAAAAAGAAUUCAGACUGAAUAUAUCAUUUCACACAGUAAAACAAGAAAAUGGAUGAAAAUCCUUAUAGCUAUAUACUCGAUCUUUUACAUCGUAGUGCUGUUGAAGAAUUAUUAAUGGGUCAUUCUUUAGUUUGUCAGUUACCGUAACCGGCCACCUUCAGAAUGAUCCCUGGUACUUAUUCUAUUGGUCACUUUUGCCGAAUCGCUAAUUUACGAGUUUGUAAAUAUACCAACACCAGUUGUCAAGUGGUGACGAGGGACAAAGAUACACACAUGGAUAUAUAUACGACAAGCUUCUUUCAGUAUCCACCCACCGAAUCUACUCACAAGACUUUGGUCAACCCUAGGCUAAAAUAGAAGGCACUUGUCCCAAGAUGGCAAGACUACGUUUACAUUGAAGAUCCUCUUAAAGAAGAUGGUGGGUAAUGAUAAAGAGCAAAGAAGUAUUCAUGAAAUUUCCUUAUUGUGUGGAAAUGUCAAGAACAGUAAUGAAAAUUGCAAAGAAACCAUUAAAAAUGAUUGUAUUUUAAUGUCAAUAAAGAUGGAAGAAGAAGAAAAUGGUGAAGAGGAGGAGAAUAAUGAUGAUAUCAGUAAUAAAUUGAAAAGUAAUACCCACAAAGAUAAUGCAGAUUCAUUGAGCUAUUAUGCAGAUUUCCUCAACAACAUAUUUCGAUGCCAAUACUGUAAGUUCAGCACUACAGAUAAAGAAGAGUUAAACAAACAUCGUUCUGUUCACAGCAAAGAAAAACAGCACAAGUGCAGUCAGUGUGAUUAUGAAUGCCAUUAUCGUGCUGACCUUAUUCGACACUGUGCAAAACAUUCAGAUGAGAAACGUUAUAAGUGUCCCCACUGUGAUUUCGCCACAAAGUGGCGCCGUAAUGUACGGCAUCAUCUUCUGAAACAUACCAAUGAACGGCCUUACCAAUGUCAAAUAUGUGAAUUCAGUUUCAAACGCCUACAAGACCUCAAAUAUCACAUGUAUCGACAUAAUGAUGAGAAGCCAAUAAAAUGUGAUGAAUGUGAAUUCUGUUGUAAGACAAAUUAUGAACUUAAGUGCCACAAACUAAAACACAGUGAUGUACGCCGAUUUCCAUGCACAUUUGAAGGUUGCACCCAGCAAUGUAAAACCAAAUCCGACCUUACUAAGCAUCUUAAGACUCACAAUGGUGAGAAAAAUCACAUCUGUUCUUUAUGUGGGAAAGGUUUUACAACAGCCGGUUGUCUUAAUAAGCAUGUUCAACGUCAUGAUACACGUAAGCAAUUUAUCUGCCAUUUGUGUCUGAAGAAAUUUAAAUCCAAAGCUAGCUUAAAAAACCAUCUUAAAAUUCAUGAAGGAAUUCGCCCAUUUGUUUGUGAUAUCUGUGAAAAAUCUUUCACUAAUAAAUACAAUAUGAUGAAACAUCAAGAGACACAUGGUGACAACCGUCCAUUUCGCUGUCCUAUCUGUCCUUACGGAGCACGAUCGAGUGAACAUCUUUUAGCACACAUUGGCUCUAUGCAUGGUCAUUCUUAUGCUUACUUCUGUGAACUCUGUAAGAAACCAUUCCGUCGUCAUGGCCAGUUACGUAUACAUCUUAAGAGAAUGCACAAAGGAAGCAAAGAGGCUACAGCUGCAGCAGAUUUUACUCACAAUUCUACAUCUUCACUACCCAUUUCUAAAUCCGAAAAUGCGAAAAAUACUUGUGAUAAGCUUCCUGUCUCAAAACCUAAUAAUGAAAACAAGUAUUUAACCUCAAAGAAAACUGCUGCUUUAUCAUCUAACAUUACAAAGCAGUCUUGUUUAUCUUCAACAAAACCUGUAGAAGACAAAUCUGCUAUUGAUGUUGCUAAGACUGAACAAGUAAGUAAUUUAGAUAGUAAAUGUCCUCCUGCUAGUGAGGAGUGUAAUGACUCUAAAUCUGGUAUUAAAAAUGGUGGUGAUGGUGGUAAUCAGCAUGUAAAGAUUACUGAAUUAAAACCUAGUAAGAAACAGACAAAUGAUUCUAAGAAAUAUGUUGAAUGUUUUCAUUUACCUCUUGCAACAAAGGGUUUCACAUUUAAUUUUGAAAAAAAGGGUAAGAAACCUCGUUCUUGGUUUAUGGAUCCCAAUUAUAUGCCUGCUGACGCUGCUGAGAAACAGAAAGCCUACCUCAACCGCAAAGCAAAAUUAGCAAAACUGAAAAAGUCAGAGGCAAAAGAGAAGAUGAAACAGAAGAAGAAGUUAAAAAUUGAUGACAAACCCAAACAAUCAGUUAUUGUUCAAAAAACUGGCUUGAUUAAAGCCAGCAAAAAGAAGGUAAAACUUGUGAAAAACCUGAAUGCAAAAAAAAUGUUAAGAAAAAAAAACAAGUCAAAAGGUUUAAAAAAAUGUAUUCCUUUAACUGAAGGCUGCAAAGUAAAGAUAGAAUCAUUGAGGUCUGAUUUUGAAGAUGAUGUUUGCUGGGAAAAUAAAUUAAUAAUAAACAACAAAAACAAUCAGAUGGUUAAAAGUGUCACUGAUGAAAUAUAUACACCUUAUCAAGAUGUUCAUCCUGAACUUUCAAUCCCAACCAAGAUCAAACAGGAACCAACAGAUGAUCCUGGUGAUGUUUUAAACAUAGAAAUGCCUUCGAGUCCUGUAAAAACUGUUCUUUUUGAAACUCUUUUGAAGUCAGAGACUGGUGAAUUUAACAUGGAUUUAACAGAAUCUGUGUCAACAGAAAGCAAAAUUGGUGAGAUGACAGAAACAUCUGCUGAUUAUUGUGAUAAUAAAAGUUUGCCCUGCAACAACAGAUUGGAAUCUUCUAACCAGCUACAAAUAACUUCAGAUGGGACAACUAAAGAUAACACAAGUCCUUUGUCUCCUUCAGGAGUAUUUAAAUUAGAAAAUCUGUCCAUACGAAAAACUGAUUCCAAUAAAACUAUGCUAGUCUACACUAUUUCUCAAGAAAUUGCAGAUACAUGUCAGUCUUCUAGUUCAGAUCUUCAAAUAAGUGAACUAUUUAGCAGCUCAACUGGUUCUGGAGAAACUCCUAUUAAACAGGAACCAAUUCAGCUUGAUAAUUACUCUCUUACUAACCAAAUAAAUUCUUCUUUUAGUUUAAACCCUAACAUAAACAUUAAAAUGGAUAAAAAUGAGCCCUUUCUUUUUGAUCAAGAAAAACUCAAUAGUAGUAUAACCUCUCCAUCCCAAACACUUACUCCUUUAUCUGAAUCUCAUAAAAAUAAUCAGGACAAGGAACUAAAUGAUCCUGUAUCUUCUGAAAAUUUAGGUGGAUUUGAAAUAAUAGAUUCUCAUACAAAUAAUAAAUAUUAUAUCAAACCCUUUACCACACCAAAUAGUGAUAAAUCAAUUUCUCUUGCCAACAACCUUACAAAUGAUUUUAGCAUAGAUGGUUACUAUGGAAAAAUAGCCACUGUAGAAGGGAUUCAAGAUGGAAAAUUAACCUUGUCUCAUAGUUUCAAUUUAGAUCCAUCCAAAUCCUUGUCCACAUUAGACAAAAACGUCCACAACAACUGUGAUUCUCUUUCAAACUCUGUGUCUUCAACUUCAACAAUGGAAAACCUUUACAGUACUGAAUCUGUGAUUUCCCAAGAAGUACUUCCUAAUCAUUCACCUACCUCAAAUUCAUCAGUGUUAUCUCUACAGAAGUUGGAUUGUGAUGAUGUAACAUUACCAGUUAUUGUCACUGAAAAAGAGAUGAGUCUGUCUGAAAGAGACCCAUUUCAGUUUUCUUCUAAUUUGGAUUUUGGCCACCCUAAGUAUCAUCAGUUUCUACAAACUCAUAACUCCUUCCAUGAUACGUCUAAGUGCAAUGAUUCUAACAUUCUAAGAUUACCUCAUAUUAAUUUGUCAAAUAAAACUGAAAAGGGUUCUGAUUUAGUUUACCCACCAACAUUUCAUUCUUCUAGCAUAUUAGAGGCAGUAGAAGCUAAACAGCAAGUAAGAACAUCUGCCAAUAGUAUGGCUUUUAAUUCUGAAAGCAAUGAAAUAAGCACUAAAUGUCCUGUUUUGUUGUCAACAUUAAACAGUCAAUUUUUUGUUAAUGAACCUUUCAAAGAAACAUCAGAGAAACUUGGAACAACAACAACAAAUAACAACUUACCUAAACCUCCAUCUGAUGAGGCCCAAGCUUUGUAUGAAUAUGAAAUGGAAUUUGAUGAAAAAAGUAUUCUUCGAGAUAACAUUAAUAUUACUAUGCUUGGUUCCUAUUCUUCUGAACCUCAGGAAAAAACUAAUCCAUUUUCAGUAUUUUCUUGUACAACAAAUGAAAAUAAUAAUUUGCUUGAAAUGACAGUCAAUUCUGAUCUAAAUGACAAUGUUGGUCAUAAGCCUGUAUGCAAUGAUGUAAACUUAAUAUCAGCUAAACCAGAACUUGACUGGGAUUCUGAAGACAAUUUGACUCAAAAUUAUAUUCUACUAAAUCCAAGUUGCUGAUUAUUUUUUUAGUCAAAUUUAUCAAUCAGAGAGAAAUUUCAUUUACAUGCUAUUUUGAUUCAAGACAAAAAUAAGGAAAUUUUGAUUGAUUUUUGCAACAGUGAAUGAAGAAAAAUCUUUUUAUAUCAGAGAAAUUAAAAAGAAAUGUGUAUAACUUAUAAGGCACUUAAAAAUAUUUUUGUCCCAUUUUUUAAGAAUAUCUAUUGUAUUCAUGAGUUCAAUGAUAUUCAAGAAGCUGUUUUCUUAAUUGUCCACAUCUUUAUAGAUUUGAUUUCAAGAAAGAAUUUUCUGCCUGAAUUAUGGCUUA